UUCACCCUGAGUCCCGGCUAGCGUGAAGUCGAGUCCACGAUGGUCUGCGAUCCGGUGAGCCUGCAGUGAGUCGCCCCCGCGGCCACACCGACGAUGGUCGCUGUCUGUCGCCUCCUUACCGGAGCUCACUAGUGCCCAGAGCUUCUCGUGCCGAACAUGCGUGGCCAGCACAGUUUCCCGUGCGUCUUGCUCCUGUCCCUGGCCUUGGUUCAGGUCCUCGCCUUUCUGGCGUUCCAGCCGUGUGGGAUUGCGGCCGGAUCCAAAAUGUCUCCCCGUCGCGGCAGGCGCCGCCGCGACGCCGAGGCCCCAGGCGCACACCACCGGCCGCUGACCGACGAACAGAAGGCCGACCAGAACCUGCAGUUCAUGUUGAGUUUGUACAGCAGCGCGGCGGGACCGGGCGGUAGACCCAAACAACACCGGAAGUUCGGCUCCAACACAGUACGGCUGCUCAGACCCUCCGCGUCGUCGGUGCAGUACCUACCGGCGUCCAAAAACCACCACUACAACUUCAGUGUCCAGUACCAUGUGGACAUUCUUUCUUCGGAGCAGCUGAUCCGAGCAUCCUUUGUUCACCUUCGAUCUUCUGCCGCUCUCAUGCCUCCCCGCUGCCACGCUGAGGUCAUGUGGCCAGGCGAGGAGAGCCUGCUCACCACCAUGGAGCCCCAUCAGCGCUGGACAGAGGCGGACGUCGGCACUCGCGUGCUCCGAGGCAAAAAGGACGGGGGACGCUUGACCCUCACUGCUCAGUACUGGUGCACAGAGCAGGAGGGGAACCAAGAAGGCGAAGGCCCGUCUCGUCAGUGGCAAAGAAACUACCACUUGGAAGCCCCGUCACUGCUUUUGUACCUGGAGGAGGAAAAGCCUGGGCAAGACUGGGUGAUGAGGCAGCUGCCCAAAGGGAGAGACCUCAUGAGUUGGUUGAGCCGCUGGCACCCCUUCCUCCGCCGGCGCCGCAGUUCCAGAAGCUCACCGCCGGAUCCUCCGACCACUCACGCCUCCGCCUCCAUCAUCGCUGCGGCAAAAAGCAAAACUGGAACGCCUAAGAACCGCUGCAAGCUGCACUCCUUUCACCUGUCUUUCGAGAAGCUGGGCUUGGGUCACCAUAUCGCGCCGCCCGUCUACAACCCUCGCUUCUGCCAGGGCGACUGCCCGCAUGUGCUGACCUACGGCUACCACUCGCCCAACCACGCCAUCAUCCAGACCAUCAUCCACGAGCUGGGGGUGGGCGAUGUCCCGCUGCCCUCCUGCGUGCCCUACAAGUACAUGCCCAUGAGCGUGCUGGUGGUGCACAAGAAGAAGGUAGAGUACAAGGAACUGGAGGACAUGGUGGCAGAGUCGUGCACGUGCCGCUAGAGGGCGCUGCGGCCACUACAAUGGCUUUCCACACAAGCAGGCGCAGGCCGGGGCCGUGUUUGGACUUUGCGCUCGUGCCGAAAUGCGAACCAGCAUUCACCGUCACUUUGUGUUAAGCAGUGAAAAUAAACAGGGCUAACUUGCUCCAAAGCAUUCCAAACUCAAACAUUGAAAGCAUGUCAUCUUGUAUGCCGUGUUGAUCCGAAAACUGAAGCACCGUUUUUGCCUUUGGCUUAUUUAUUAGACUUAGACUCAUGAUGCUAACCAAUAAGAUUUUAACGUGUCUGACGCAAAGCUCAAAUAAUCUGUUUUGUACCUAAUUCUAACAGGAGGGGGUCCCAGGAAACUGCACAAACGAAGGAAAUGUUCACCAAUGCAAUUUCAUAUACAAAGUG